AUGCGUUUCGUCAGCGGUAUCGCCUUGGCCAUCGGCCUGGCAGGCACGGCCUCCGCCACCAUUCACCCUCGCUCACAAGACUCUCGCGACUUCUUUGCCCUUCACCUUGACUCCUCUACUUCCCCCGAUCAUGUUGCCCGCAUCCUGGGCGCCCGACACGAGGGCCAAAUCGGACAGCUGACGGAUCACCACACCUUCUCGUUACCGCGCGAUCAAAGCUCGGAUUUCGCUGGGUUGUUGGACGAUUUAAAGACAAAGAGGACAACCCGCCGGCGAUCGGGUGAAUAUGUCGCUCGGAGUGCAGAUCCCCUGGACUCCAUCUUGUGGUCACAGAAGAUUGCGCCGCCCAGACAACGACUUCAGAAGCGUGCACCACCCCCUUCCGAGGCUUCUGUCCCCCGACUUGAUAAGGUGCCCGAAAAAAGUGCGAUUGAACUUCAGAGCGAUAUCGCCUCGGCUUUGCAAAUCAACGAUCCCAUGUUCAAAGAACAGUGGCACUUGUUCAACCCGUUACAACCCGGUCAUGAUCUCAACGUCUCGGGAAUUUGGCUGGAAGGUGUGACAGGCCAUGGUGUCGUUACAGCAAUUGUGGAUGACGGACUCGAUUUCGAUAGCAACGACCUGAAGCCUAACUACUUCGCCGAAGGCUCCUAUGAUUUCAAUGAAGGCGGUCCAGAGCCCCGUCCUUUAUUGUCAGAUGAUAAACACGGUACCCGUUGCUCAGGAGAAAUUGGUGCCGCAAAGAACGACUACUGUGGUGUGGGUGUUGCAUAUGACAGCAAGGUGGCAGGCAUCCGAAUUCUAUCCGCGCCGAUUGACGACGUAGACGAGGCCGCGGCCAUCAACUAUGAGUUCCAGAAGAAUGACAUCUACUCUUGCUCUUGGGGACCCAUCGACGAUGGUGCCACAAUGGAUGCCCCUGGUACUCUGAUCAAGCGAGCGAUGGUCAAUGGUGUGCAAAAAGGUCGCGAUGGGAAGGGUUCAAUCUUCGUGUUCGCUGCCGGUAACGGUGCGCAGUUCGGUGACAACUGCAAUUUCGAUGGAUACACCAACAGCAUUUACAGCAUAACGGUUGGAGCUAUUGAUCGGCAAGGUAACCAUCCAUCCUACUCGGAGUCCUGCUCCGCCCAGCUGGUAGUUGCAUACAGCAGUGGAUCUGGCGAUGCGAUCCACACCACCGAUGUGGGCGCCGACAGCUGCUACUCAAACCACGGUGGCACUUCUGCAGCCGGUCCUCUCGCCGCAGGCACUGUAGCGCUCGCACUGAGUGCUCGGCCCGAACUGACAUGGCGCGAUAUUCAGUACUUGAUGGUAGAGACUGCAGUCCCGGUUAGUGAGACAGAUGGGAGUUGGCAGACUCUUCCAUCCGGCCGAAAAUUCAGUCACGACUGGGGCUUCGGUAAGGUGGACGCAUACUCGCUGGUCCACAAAGCUCAAACAUGGGAAUUAGUGAAGCCACAGGCCUGGUUUAUCUCGCCCUGGCUGCGAGUACACCACAAUAUUCCACAAGGCUCACAAGGCUUGCUCAGUCGGUUCACGGUAACUGCUGACCAGCUCAAGGGUGCUAACUUUGGUCGACUGGAGCAUGUCACCGUUACCAUGAAUAUCAACCACUCUCGCCGUGGUGAUCUCAGCGUAGAGCUGCGCAGCCCAGCUGGUGUUGUUAGCCAUCUUAGCGUUGCCCGUCGGCAUGACAAGGAGCCUGUUGGUUAUAUAGAUUGGACAUUCAUGUCUGUCGCUCACUGGGGCGAGUCUGCUGUUGGUGAAUGGACUGUGAUCGUUAAAGAUUCCGAAGUCAAUGAUUACACUGGCGAGUUUAUUGACUGGAGAUUUAACCUCUGGGGAGAGGCUGUUGAUGGAUCUACGCAGGGUCUUCUCCCAUUGCCGGAUGAACAUGAUGAUGACCAUCCGUAUGAGGAGGCUCAUGUUGCUACGACAACCUUGGAGCCUGCGCCAUCGAAGACCAAUCCUGUCAUCAGCAACCCCGACGAGCAUCACGACCGACCUGUGAACCAGAAGCCCACAGGUCAACCUGAGGCUCCUACAGUCACCCAGCCUGCCGAUGAGGAGCUCGAGGUGGUGAACAACGGUACCACUGCCGGCAGUGCUCCCUCUUCGACCAACACUGCUACGUCGAACAAUUAUUUGUCCUCUUACCUGCCAACAUUUGGAGCCUCAAAGCGCACCCAGGUCUGGAUAUACGCAUCUUUGGGCAUGAUCAUUGUAUUCUUUAUCGGUCUAGGUGUCUUUUUCCAACUCCAGCGCCUGAAGCGCCGCCGGACCAACCCUCAAGAUGAUUAUGAAUUCGAGAUGAUUGAAGAUGAGGAUGAGAUGCACCCCAUGACUGGGCCAGGUGGACGUACCCAGCGCCGUGGGGGUGAACUUUAUAAUGCUUUCGCCGGGGAAAGUGAUGAGGAAAUUUUCAGUGAUGAGGAGGAAAAGCCAUAUCGGGAUCGGCUGGCCAACAUCCCGGAGAGGGAUGAUGAAGAAUCAUCUCCAGGCAGCCACCUUCUCUCUGAAAAGCCGUAG